ACCGCUCCUGCCUCUCAGACAGCUCUGCUCCACCAGUUUUCCGCACCGUGCCGGCCCCGGAGAGGACUAAGGGAGCGGAAAGAGGAGCCAGAAGAGAGGAUUUGGUGAACCGAGGAGAGACGGACAGGGGGAGAGAGGUACCAUGGCUACUCUCUCUGCCUUGCUGAAGACCUGGGUGAUACUGCAGACCCUGUGCCUGGCUCUGGCCCAAGUGGUGAGUGGACUGAGAGGAGGCUGAGACCUGCUCUUCGUGGGAUUAGCUGCUUUAUUCUGGGGUUCAAUGGGGGAAGAGGGCCCUUAGGACAAGGCCAGUGGAUGUGUUGAGGUGGUGUAAUAAGUUUUGAUGCUGGUUGAAGUGAUCCAAAUGCAGCAGGUGGAGUGAAAAAACACUCUAUCUGUGCUGUCCAUCUAGGUUUGUGGCAUGCAUGUAGAAGAAAGAUGAGCUUGAAAUGGGUUUUCUGUUGUGGAAAGAAAAUGAAUCUGGACUAUCCUCUUUGGAUUAUCAUCUUUAUCGUGCUUGGACUCUUAUCUUUUUCAAGAUGGCACCGUGGAGUUACGGGUUUCCUUCCUUUUUUUCCCCGGAGAGGAUUUUUGUCAAAAUGGAAGAAAACGUUAAGAAAUUGUUUCAGUUUUUGUCUGCGAAACCAGCUGCUAUGAGCGAAAUGGAAAUCUGGAAACAACUGGGCUUUGACACACUGACAACCACACACACUGUGCACACACAAACAUUGCCCACUGAGUGUGAAAGCCACAGAUCAAACACACACAUAUUCGUUAUCUACAUGGACUUACAGUUUCCACUUUUAAGGACUAGUCUUUUUUUAUUAUUAUUUCUAUACACAAUUCAAAGUUGAAGCUUGUUUUAUCACCUGAUGGACUGAAGACUGGCUAAAAUGAAAUUGAAGAAAAUAAAGGGAGGCAUUGGGAUGGAGGAUUGGGGUAAGGUGGGGGUGGUGGGGGUAAACAGUGCCAGUCUCAUGACCCCUCCUUCCACAUUCCUCUCUGAGCCUUUGGUUUUACCUCUCUGCUGCAGUUGUUUCAGUCUUUCUAAAUCCAGUUUUCGUCACCUUUAGUCAUUUUUGUGAUAUUUGUUGUGAGAAUUUCAUGCAUUUGGAUAUUACUGUAUGCAUUCUGUUAUGUACCCACAUUUGAGCUUGACAAGAACGGUCAAAUCCAAGAAUUUAAGUAUUUAGAUUUCAAAUAUUAACCCUAAAAUUCACAUAUAUUACCAAACAUGAAACAACAUUAAUCAUGCGUCCUUGUUUUUAGUGAAUCCCCGCUCAGUGUCACUCUGUUACGCAUAUUCCAAAAGGAUAUUACAGUUGUAAUAUCAUAGGUGUUUUGGGUUGUAUUGUCGUUUUUCGUUACCUGUCAGUAUUUGAAUUUCUUUCCUUGUGUUUCAGAGGGGUCCACCUGGACCUCAGGGCCAGGCCGGCCCACCAGGCCCCUCCGGCACCCCUGGCUCAGACGGCAUUGAUGUGAGUAUCCUCAGAUAUGUCACAAAGAGCAUCAUUGUGCUGGAGGAGUACCAACACUUGCAGUUCCAGAGUCUUACCAGCAGAGGGAACUGCAAAUGAAAACACAGCGGUACAAAAGAGCUCUGUUCCCAGCAGAGAGAGAGGGGUCUUUCAGAAGGGACCCUCAGUCCUCGGUGUGUGUCACAGUAAUGUGAUACAUUUGGGAUAUUUCGGGGGUUAACUCCACACAGGUUGUACAAGUAUGUUGAAGACGGAGGCUGUGGGGAUGAAAUGAAAAGGGAGAAAACAAACUUGCAGAAAACAUGUGCAAAGGGAGAUUUUUGGUUUUUGUGCCAUUGUCCAGAAGAUUGUCAUUUAUAAAGCUGUUUAAGAUUGAUAUGUACAUCCAAGCUAUCCUACGUUUUUCACAUGCAUCAUCUGGAGUUGUGUUUCGUGAGUUUCACUUUUUGGCUGAUCAGUUUGAGAGCUGGAGUGAUCAGAUUUCAGCUGGGAUAAGUUUGUGCUCUAACACCACCCACUGCAAAGCAAAAUAAAACAGUAAUGGAUCCAAACAGUGUAUCCUCCCCCUCCUUUACCUACUCUGUAGCUUUCUUGGGUCCCUACUACAAGAAAAGUGGAAAAGUCAGGGUGUAAAAUAACAGUGGCUGUAUGCUUAAACAUGGGUUUUUGCAUCAUAUUAAUGCAGUCAUAUAUAUUUAUCAAGUGUGAAUAAACUAAAAAUAACUAGUUUUUAAAUGUAUGAGCUUCAUGGGUUUCUUGAGAUUUUUCCAAAUGUACAUUCAAAUUUAUGAUUCCUGGACAACAGAGUUUUGAUUAAAAUGUAACUUAAACCACAUUUUAUUAGACUGCAAAAAAAAAAAAAAGUUCUCAUUUUAUCAACUUUUAUGUCAACGAGCAAGAACUUGUCACAGAAACCCCUUAGGCACCCCCUUAAAAAAGAGGGUUGGUGCCCAAUUACCCCUGUGAGAUCCAGUAGAGUGAGCAGUAGUUGUUAAAAAAUAAAAUAAAUGAAUAAAUGAACACAGGUAUGAGUAAAUCAAUGAGCUUCAUGGAGGAUUUAAAAGGCCCCGUUGCUGUGUCAAAGGUCUCAUCAUCAUAUGCUUAAAUUAGCACCAAACACCAUCUAAAUAUGUUUCUCCCUUUGUGUCUCUGCAGGGAGAUAAAGGACCUCCUGGUUCCCCUGGACCAAUAGUAAGUUUGUUCCGCAUUGUUGUUUGUUGAAUUUUACAGCACAAAUCCUUUUAUCUACCACGGUUUAUCUCAACAGUUUUUCCGUUAUAACGCUGUUUUCUUUUACUGUAGGGACAAAAGGGAGAACCAGGAGAGCCGGGUCCUGAUGGAGCACCCGGAGAGAACGGCAUUGAUGUGAGUAAAUCUAAUGAUUUGUGUUGUGGUGUGUUUAAAAGGAAGAAUGAAAAAAAGAGAGACGAAAACAAAGAGAGAAGUUGUUUUGCAAAUCCUCAUGAAAUCACAUCAAAUGCUGCGUCCCCAAUUUAGCGGUGUGUCAGGUUUAUGCCAAAGCAGCUUAAUAAGAUUAAGUGGGGAAACAGACAACAUGAAAAGGAACGUGAAAAAAUUCUCUCUGGAAUAACAAGUAUGAUUCAUGAAGCAGUUUUUAGAUUUCUGAAGACAACACACUGUGAGGUAAACAGCCAUUUAUCUACUUUAAGGGUUUUAUUGAGCCAUCAGCUCUUUUUAAUGUGAUUUAUUGCUGAAUAUCAGUCGUAAAUCACAAAUCACAGUGAAAUAUUAUUUCAUUUUACAUUUAAAACAACUUCAAUAUCAUAUAAAAUUGCUUAGCAAUUCACAUUAGUAGAUGACUUGUCACGCAUUUGUGGGUUACUUCUUUGAUUAAGUUUCAUCCACGGGUCUCUGGUGAUUUGCAAACUCCAAACUAGAGUUAUGUGUUGUUUUUUGGGAUGCAGUUUUCUGCAAACACCACCCUGAUAAGGCUGCACCCAUACUGAGUAUAGGGUCUGUAUACUCAGCUAGAUGAUGGCAGAAGAUGAUUUUUAAAUUCAAUUUGACACAAUGCAUAUAAAUUUUGACUCGUCAAUCAAGCUGUCAGGGGUGUUUUAGGUGAAAGAUGCAGUUUUGAUUGCAGGUCAUUAUUAUAUACCACAGCCACAGCAGGAGGAUCCUGGGCAGCUCGAUUACACUUUGUCACAAAUGUCUCAUAAAUAACAUGAAAAUGAUAAAAAGGCAGUUGGCACUACUUUUUUAUGACGUAAUGAGGACGGUACUUUAAAGGUCACCUGGUGGUUUUGCAGAGUAAUGAUUUAAAAACUCUGAACCAGUACAAGCAAGGCAAUGCAUAUAUAUCACAUGAGUUGAGCAAGACAUGAAAAACGCAUCAACUGUGAGAUAACCGGCUAUUUGGAUUUUUUGGCUUCCAAGAGAAGCAGUAAACAUUGUUUUCAAACAUUGUUUUUCUUAAGGUGCAAAGAUGAUACCCUUAAAAUCUUCACAGUAUUUUAGAUUAGUAUUUACAGCAAAUAAUAUUAAAUUACAACAAAUGUUAAAUUACAACCUUUUAGGGGUAUUUUGAGUUUUGAUAACAACUUUUAUUGAUACAACUACGAAAAAGUUCUACAUCUUUAAUUUGUUAAAAAGUCACUACUGUUAUCGUUUCGUGUUUUAAUCAGUUUUGUUUAAAGUUAUCACUUGGCUUGUUCUAUUUGUGGUAUUAAAACCUCUAUUUCAAAUUUAAACAUCCAGAAAGUCACUCUGUGGCUUAUAUUUUAAUAGCAAAAAAGGUUCUCAUAAGUCUGUUGCAAUGAACCUUCCAGUCACUCUCAGUAUGCUGUGCCGGAUAAAAAAAACAACAACAUGAUUAGCUUAAUACACUUGCUAAGAACUCUUAUUCCUUGCUGACUUAACCUUCUAAGUCUUUUGAAAGGGAGGAGCUGCUGAGAAAAAAACAAAACAGCAGUUUACUGUGAUUUGAUAGCUCUUUAGCGAUGUAGUAUUUGGUUUACCUGAUGAUAACAGUGGUGAAGAUUCUGCACUGAUGGAUAGUGAUUAUUCAGUGUCUGUUUUCGGGAAAAUUAGUGUCACAUGCUAAAAUUGCUGGUGGUCAUACCCAGAGUCUGUCCCAUGCAUUCCGCAGAGAUUUAGCCCAUAAUCCGGCCUGGAAUCUCAAUCUGCAUUUUGUUUCCUAAUGACUUUGCAGAACAGUGUCAGAUUCAAUCAAAUGUGUAAUUAGCCCUGUUGUAAGGUGAACUCAGCCUGUGGGAGGCACAGUGCUCACUGAAAAUUUGGCUUUCAACCCACAUCUCCUGUCUUGUCUACAUGCUCAGUUUAUCAGUUGAAAUAAAACGUCUCUUUCUGUCUGUUUUCAGGGUUUGAUUGGAGCAAAAGGCGAUCGGGGUCCUGUUGGGAGCCCUGGACCAAAGGCAAGUGUUUAUACUUCUGUUGGGACAUAUAAGGACAACCUGGUGUUAACCCUCUGGUGUUGAAAAAUUAAGCCAAUGCAAAGUGCAAAAAACUUAAGAUUUGAUAUUUCUUUCACUCUUAAUAUCAUCCAAAAAACAGUUUUUGCGCAUCUAGAUUGUAGACUGUCUCCACUCUAGUUAAAUUGUCAUUUCCUGUUGUCUGCAGGGCCAACUUGGACCCGUUGGUGAGCCUGGACCUCCUGUAAGUACAUUAAAGUAUCAUCUAUCAUUCUGUAAAACUAUAAGGCAAGUUUGUCAUACGAGGCUUUAACAAAACCAAACCAAAAAAAAAUACUGUGGAAAAUUCCUCCAUUUUUAAAGUCCCUGCUGAUGGACACCUUAGAGAAGACCUAUUGUACUCGUUCUCACCUUUUAUUACAUUCAUCUGGGACUCUUAUGGAGUAUCUCUGCAUGAUUUACAGAACAAAAAAGAAAAAAAACCUUCAUAUUCAUCUCAUACUGGGGUUUGUAAACUAAAGCACUCCUCAUUUUGGCUGAUUUUCCAGUUAUAUAACAUUAGACACAGCUAGUGGGUGUGACUUCUUACACAGCCAUUUAAGCCCAGAAGUUAUACCUUUACAGAAAAAAAAAAUCAAGUAUCUGUAUUCUAACAGCUAAUUAGCUAUUAGCGCCUAAUCAUAGCUUUUACCUGCAUACCUGGACUUGUCCCAACAGCUCAGCAUAUAUUCAUCAAAGUACAAACCGGCAUAUACUGUAGAUCUUCUUUAACCAUGCCAAGAAGCUCUAAUUAAGUGUGUUUUGAGCUGAAAAGUUUGGGAACCAAUAGUUGAACCUGUGAUGUGUUUUAUAUUUUACAAGCCUGUAUUUUACAAGUAGGUAGAUGUAUCAAGAGGCAUAAAAACAGCAAAAGUUAACAAACUAAGUAAAUUAUAUCCUAGUUUUGCAGAGUACUUUAAUAAUAUAGUAUCAUAAAUGGAAAUGCUUGAAUCACCAGAGGCUCGAGGUUGUAUUUUGUUACAGCACCUGGGUAACUGUACUGACUGCAAAUUCAUACGACUUGCUUGCAGUAAAAUUAAUUAGAGAGUAAUCAAUCUCCUAAGGCUGACAUGGCACUUAAAAAUGAGUUAGGGCGGGAUGAAUUAAGCAUUAUUUGAAGCCUUGUCAGUUUCCUAACAAACAUGUUGUAUCACAGCUGCUUUCAUACAGCAACCUCCAGAGCAUCUUUCUCUUCAUGCCUGGAUGGCUGACCAGCUGUGCCCUCUUUUGGGUCUACUUUACCCAGAUGUGGCAUAUGUCUGCUACAGCUGACAUGAGCCUGACUGCAACAGAACACACAGUCCUUUAUGAAGAGGAGCAGUGGAAAGAUGAUUCACAGUUUUAUGCACAAAUCAUCACCAAAUGCAGCAGCUUUACAAGCACAUGCAGAGUUUAUCAAUUCAACAUUAACUGCAAACAUCUGCAUUGCUCACUGAAACCACUAGGUGGAGCUCAGUGUCCAUCUAUCAAACAGCACCCAAUACAUGACUUUAGAGUCAUCCAAUGUCACGCUUGGCUGCAGUGCUAUUAGUUAAAUCCUUUGUUUAGCAUUAGGAGGCGUCCCGUCUGGGGGCGCUGCUCGUGCACGCAGCUGCAUCACUCUGCACAGACAGGGGAUCCUGCCCCAUAGGCUGUUCUUCCUCCAACAAGGCUUUCUUACUUACUUAAUUACUUUGUUUAUAAUUAACUCCCAGCCAAAGACACAGCCAACACAAACUGAUUGUGCUGUGUGUCUUUGUACCUCUUGAGCACUGUUUACUCUGACACUGUACACAUGUAUCACUGCAUUACCGCUGCCGCUAUUAAUUGGCUUUGGUUAACUGAUACUUUGAUGGAUUGGUUCCACUUGUCAUGCAGUAAUUUAACCCCUUGCUUCUUUUGUCCACACAGGGACCCGGCCUUCCAGGACUGGCUGUAAGUAGUGUGUACAUAGUGUAAUGCAAUUAUGUCUUUAUCACUUAAUGGCUUUGCUUUGAGGUGUGGAAAUCACUUUGUGUCUGGUGGGAUGUGUACUCAUUCUUUUUUCUUCCUCUGUGGAUGUUCAUGUCUAGGGAGCUCCAGGGCCAAUUGGUCUCCCAGGAGAAAUUGGAGCAACAGGACCAAAGGUAGGAGCGCUGUUAAGUACUAAGAAUGAAAUAUUAAGCUGCAGAUGCUUGGUUUACAUACAUGUUUGCAGCCAUUUACUGUUGGUAUAAGUAACUAUUUGUUAUCAUAUUGCCUCUGUGACUUGUAAAACGCAUUGAUGCAUUAAUAUUGAUAUAUAUUUUUAUUCAUCCUUCUCCUUCAGGGUGUUAUCGGAGCACCUGGAGCACCUGGACUUCCCGGACCCCCUGGCAAGCCUGUGAGUCUUAACUCAGGAAAUAUUUCCAUCUGCCAUUUUUGUUGCUCGGUUUUAGGGGAACAAUAGUUUGGUCCUCAAACUCUCUUAAAAACACAAGAUUUAUUGGUUUCAGUGCUAUUGAGGGUCUCAUUGUGUUGGGAAUAAAUGAUACGGCAUUAGCAUCUUAUAUGCAGGCUCACAAACAGGUUUUGGAUUAAAUACAGAUGUACAAUUAGAAAAUAAGAACCAAAGUAAGACAGUCGGCAACCCCAACUUUCAGGAAUCUUCAGUACACUAAAUCAAAUUUGAAAACAAAAAAAUCAAUCAAUGUCCGGUCAAUAGUCCUUAGUGUAUGAGAUAUAAGUUCUGAGUUUGCAAGGCUUUCCUGCAACAGUGUCAGACAACAUGCAAUGAAAUAAGACCAAAGUUCAAUAAAGUGACUCAAGUCAAACAGUUUGUUUUUCCAAGAGUAAUUUACAGCUUAUUAUAAUGCUGACACAAGCUUCCACCAGAGUUUCAUUACACUUUGCAGGAGGGAGCAGAUACCUAGUCCUCGGUCAGUGAUUAUCAACUGGUCCAGUCUUUUGACCUGUCAUCACUUUCUUAGCCCUUUCAUGCACAAAUUGUUGAAUCACAAUGAUAUUUUAGAAAAGAUAAGAUAAACCUUUAUUCAUUGUACAGUGUGUAAACUUGCAGUGUUACAGCAGCAAAGGACCAGCACAGCAAAUAUAGAGAAUUAGUACACUCAUCAUGCACACAGUGCACAGAUAAAGGAUAGUUAACUUACACCUUAUGACCUGACAAAUAUAAAGUCUUAAUGUUACCAAAAAAACAAACAAAGAUGAAGACUGAUAAACAUAGCUGCUUAAUACAAGUAUUUAGUGGACACGAUACAUGAAAGUGUUAGAGACAAUUGCGACCCUGAUUUUGGAAAUUUGUCGUAUAGAGGUAGGCAACAGCAACCAGCCUUGAGAUGUAUCACCGCCACCUUUGGUGUCGGUGUGAAGAAACUGUAAAACUGCUGCAGGUGCACUGAAAUGUGACCUUCAAAAAAAAGGUGCAGCACAGAUUUUUGUUACAGCUAUUUCUGCACACAUACACGACCCACCCAAAUUAGCUCUGUGACCCUCUUUACAGUCCCAGCACUCCGGUAGAGAACCACAGUUCUACGUCUACGCAUUAUUCAAAUACAUUCACAUAUACAUAUAUAUGUAUCUGAUAGCCAGCACAUAAGAAAUCAUUUCUUCCAACUCCUUGUCAGUGUGUUGGAACUUGACACAGUCUACUACUUGACGGCCCUCUGAGGGAUUUUCUGUUUGGGUUAAUCCAGGCAGCUCCUUGUGGAAAAAGCAGUUACUUAAACCUCUUUGCAGAUUUUUUCCUCUGCAUAUGAACGUCCAUUUUAUAUAUGAGCCUGAGGUUUGUCAUAACAACUGACCAACAUAUGAUCAGUUACUAAUACACAGUAGAUCUGAUUAGCUUUUAUUAGCUUACAACAAAUUGCUCAGAAAACUGGCCUUUGUAGUGUUAAAAGAUUGCACGGCAGAGCCUUUGUAACUAGAAACAGUCUUUUGAUAACGUAGAAAAAAGAAACAGCUGGGAACAGAUGGAGAGAUUGAUGAACCACCAGAAGCUUGGCCUUGAUCAAACCCAGAGUUACAUCAAUCUAAAUGCAUUUAAUUUAUAUUGUUGAAUGGGAUCACAGCGUAAAACCAAAGCAGAGACACCAUUUCAUUAACUAAUGCUACUUCAAGCGUGUCUGCCUCCAAAACACGCUGCAAAGCGCAACAACAAAGCACCUGGCACAGCUGGAGCUCUGGGCUUCCUGUUGAAGUCCCAACUGAUAGUAAGCGGUGAAACACAAACAGUUCGGAUUUGCACACUUUCAAGUUUAUAUUCCAUUGGUGUGAGUUUUCUCCAGUGUGCAUCUCUGAGUGGUUCCAAGAAAAAGGUUGUGUCCUCAUUGAGAGUGAUGUUCCCAGCCCAGGGGAGUGGAUUUGUUUAGCUCUCGUGCUGUCCUAGGGUAAAUAAACCCCCAUUAGAUCAUUUGGCUGUCUCAUCUCACUGUAGCAGAAAUACAUCACAACCUGUAGAGAUAGCUUACUUUCACACUCCAUCUAUGAAAAGAGAGGAGGAAAGAUGGAGGAAAGAGGGCAAAGAAAAAGAGCUGGAUCAGCUCUUUGGGGUGGAGGCAUCUAUGACCGGGUGACUUUGUUUUUCUUUCCUUUUCUCUAUCCAUCUGUAUUCAGGGUCCUCCAGGGAAGUUCAUUGGUGGAGAAGAAGGCAGUGCCGAAUUCCAGGUAAGAUUUACUCACAUCCUUUUGUUGACAAACCUGUUUCAGCUCAACACCACGUUACCUAAUCCAAAUAUCUCCUUCUCACUACAACAGUGUCCUCUGAACUGUCCAGCAGGACUUAAAGGCCCACAGGGACUGCAGGGAGUCAAGGUAAGCUGCAAGUUGACCUGAAAUAAUAAGCACUACUGGUUUUGUUGAGCUAUGAAAAAUGUUAUGGUUACCUUGCUAACCGCCUUACCUCUGCCUUACAGGGACACAAAGGACGUGCCGGCAUUCUGGGAGACGCUGGUAGCAUAGGGAAAUUAGUGAGUUGCCAAAUCCAUGUUAUAACACACACACUGACUGAAACCCCACAAUACAUGCAUGCUGUAAAGUCAUACCCAUGACCCACCAUUCAGGACUAGCAGAAGCAAAGAUUAGCUCUAAUAGAGCCCACUGAGGCACAUGACUGGCACUAAUCUGGCUGCGAUUAGUCAGGCCUGGCCUUGGCCCUGCAGUCAGCAUGCAGCGAGCCAGAUGAAAGCAGUGUUGAAGAGCCAGGUACAUGAGAGAGUCAGGGUUCACGUAGCCUUCUCACCUCGCUGCAUUAAGCAGAGCUAAUGAGCACACAGUGAGCUCCAAGACAGCGGCCAGCUAGGCCUCAGGCAUUAGCCUCUGAUCUCCCCCACACAAAGUGCCUUAGACGCUCCAAAUACUCAGUGCAACAAGUUAUCAUUCAACCCAGGCAGAGCAGAUCAGCAGGUUAUUUUGGAAGACUUGCCUUGACUCGAGAUUGCACUGUGGGGCUGCUCUCUCUUUUAUUCUGCUCAGAGACACACAGCACGAUCUGUUUACAUCCCCACUAGCUGUUCGCCGGGACUCAACCGAAACUAAAACAUAGAUUUCAUCUCCAGAAUGAUAAAUGAGCUUUUUUUUUCUUGCACUUGAUGUAUUUCUGAUGACAAUGUGAUGUUCAAAGUCUUAAGAGAGAUGUGAGACAGACAAGUUUCACAUUUAUCGUAGGCUGAUGUAAAAUAAAAGUAAACCAGCAAUUAAAUGUUGCAGCUCAACAUUAAUAGAUUGUAACAGGCUUUUAAUGCAAUUUCAAAACUCAAAGCUUCUGGGGUUUGUAAUAGUAAUUGAUGCUGAAAGACCAGUACAUUUAGCUCUAAAUACUGCUCUUUCAGUUAGUACCUAAUUGUAAACUCUUUGGGAAAUUCUGCAAUUCAUUUUCUCUUGAUCCACAUGGUUAAAAUGAUACCUCCUUGUCUACUCAGGGAGAUGAGUUCAUCAAAGACUGGUUCAAACUUAGACCCAUGAAACUCCAAAGUGGACAGACACUAGUUUAAGCUGUCUAACCAGCAUAAGCCAGCUCUUUAAAAAGCUUGACAGCAGCAACCAGACUGGUUUGUGUUAGAUUCUGACCAGCUUAGGGUUUCUGGGAUCAAGCAGACAACAACAUGAUGAAAAUAGCAAAUCAACUUGUUUCUUUCUAUCUCCACCAGGGUAUCAAGGGAGAAGUAGGCAUCUCUGGGGAACAAGGUAUCCCAGGACCCCCGGUAUGUGAACAAUUGAACUUUUUAGUCGCUUGGCAGAGCUGAAAACUUCAACUUCUAUUGUAUUUGUCAUAGCAAUUUUUGCCUCUGUGUCAGCAUCUGUCUUUUUCCUGCCUCUUUUUCAGGGUCCGAUGGGUUUGAGAGGCUAUCCAGGAAUGAUGGGUCCUAAAGGAGAGGCUGUUAGUAUAAUCCUUUUUAUUUUCUUUGUUCUCAGUCAGACUCUCAUUUUUAUGUCCUAUUUUUCUUGGGAUAAGGGUGCUCUUAUUCUUAGAUGUGCUCUGAGGAUGCACAACCAGACUUGCCCCCGCUAUACAAACACCAUCCAUUACCAGCAAUGGGGACAUAUGGAAAUGAUGCUAACACAAAUCUCUCCCCUCCUCUAAUGAGUUGGGGUUGUCUGGGUCUGCAGUGCCUCCAUCUGUAGUUAAUGAUCCGCUGUAGCCAUCCGUCUUACUGUUAACAUUAGCCGCGUUAGCCAAGUUAGCGCCCCGGCUUAGUGCCAAAACAAGAGUGGCUGGCUCUCUGUGUAGCUCCCAUUAGUGGAGUGAGUUAAGCGCUAAUUACCCCUUUAUCACAAUGAAUAGUCAGCCACCAUGACUUAGCAUCCACUCUGAUCGAAAGUGAUUGAUGGCACUUUUUUUUUGUUUUGUUUUCUGCAGGGGCCCCGAGGAUACAAGGGCAUCACUGGACCUGUAGGAAUUCCUGGGCCUCCUGUAGGUGCACACACACACAUACUCUCAAAUAGACAUGAUAGACUAAAAAAAAAACAAGAACCCAGAGAACACCGAAGGAUCUGAAAACAUCUGUAUAUUAUUUCCAGGGAGAAGAAGGCCCACAGGGACCACCUGGAGAUGCAGGAGACAAGGGAGACAAAGUAGGUGAACCUCCCAGCACAUCAUUUAUUGUCAAAGCAGAGGCAAAAUACAGAAAAGGAUGAAAAUGGUCUGAAAACUUCAAUGGAGGCAGGGAUUCUGUUGUGCUUGCAAAUGCACUGAUGCUGGUUUGGUUAUCUUCUACAGGGCAGCCGAGGUAUCCAGGGCCCACAGGGUGCAGUUGGCAAAAAGGGAGAGAAUGUGAGUGAACGCACUUUCGUUUGUGCUCGACACAGUUGCGCCAGAUUUCAGAAAGUGUGCCAAAUGAAGCCCACCGACUCAUUUUGCCUGCUUUUUCCAGGGUCUGCCGGGCAUUGAUGGAAAGGAUGGCACACCUGGUAUCCCUGGAAUCAAGGUAAGGGUUUCCAGCCAUGAAAAUGACACGCAACUUCCAUCUCAGAAAGAGAUGGCGAUUUAUUUUUCUUUUUUUUUUCUUCUCUGUAGGGCGGCCCUGGCCAAGCUGGGAUGCCAGGUCCUCCAGGUCCUCAAGGAGCAGCAGUGAGUGAUCCUUCAGUGUAGUGUGUGUGUGUGUAGGGGGGUCUGUUUGCUUGAGGAGGCACAUGCAAAUACGCCGGUUGUAUUGUCACUCAGACCACGUAGGGGGUCAGUCUGUCUUCCUCCCCAAUUUGAAAAAGCCAGGAUGCAGACAAGGGAAGCCAGCGUGAAGUCGCCUGUAAAUCUUGGUGUGUUUUGUUUUCUGGGCUCUCAUCCAGGUUAACAGCGACCCUGUGACCCAUGCUGCUUUAAAAUUUAAACCACCUUGAAAUAGCAUUCUCCCUCCCAACGUGGGUGAUUUAUCACAAUCAGACUAGUGGGUAUGCUCGAGUGUGCGUGUGUGUGUGUGUGUGUGUGCAUGAGUAGGAGGGGUGUUCUGUUUGUGUGAGCGUCAUUCUGACUAAAAGGUAAUGGAGCAUGGGAUGCACACUUUGCCGUGUGGUCAUUGCGGUGACACUAACACUGCUGCAAACUCGAGCACCACAACUUCGCUGGCUUUAUGCCAUAUGCCCAUGCACAGGCACACAAACACACACAAUCUCUUGCAGGUAUAUACCCAUAGCUGGCACUGCAGUACGGUGUAUUUUCAUUAUUUUUAUUAUUGUACCAGACGUCGGCAUUAUUACCUUUCACGAGCUCAGCCAGAAUAAUAUUCACAUCUAUUUCCACCUGUAGUUCACGGUCACUCUCUGCAUUUCAAACAUAUAAUAUACGAUACGCUUCUCAACAUGUGUGUGGGGAUUUUUAUCACGGAGGAGUUUUCCUGAGAGUUAGCUCCUGUAUUGAAAAAAGCAUAAAAGGCAAAGAGAGAAACAUGUUCAGGAGUCUCCAUAAAGAAUGAUUGUACUGUAUAUAUAUAUAUCUUUUCUCUUUACAACACUAUGACCAUGAAGCUCAUAAUAUAGACAUUUAUUUGAUUUACACUGACUGCAGUCUUGUGUAUUCUGUUCUUAGGGAUUACCUGGCAGCCCAGGAGCAAAAGGUGGACCUGGAGCUAAAGUAAGCCUUCUACCAACCCGUACAUCAAAUACAGCCUUAUUCCUCACCUUUAUUUAUUAAAUCAUGUAUGUUCCUUUCUAUCUUUAGGGUGAACCUGGACCUAGAGGUCAUGUUGGUAUGCAGGGCGCCCCUGGACCUUUGGUAAGCUAUCAUAUGCCCAGAAAAUAGUAUCACAAGUCCCAUAUUGCUCAAAAGGGUUAACAAUUAUACUUACGUUGUAUUUCCUAAGGGUGAGCCUGGUCUUCCUGGUGAGGCUGGUAUGGAAGGAGUACCGGGACCCAAGGUACAAACACAGAAUUCUUAUGAAAAGCACAAAAAUCUGUGAUUUUGAAACCAACAUACUCACCUUAACUGAUUUCAACAGGGUGACAGAGGCCAGAGGGGACCAUCAGGACCACAGGGAGUAGUCGGCAAGCCUGUAAGCUGCAUCUUUUUCAUUGUACUCCUACAAACAAAUGAACUGAUCCACAGGUUCCUGUAAAACCUCUAAUGUUUCUUCAAAGGGAGGCAAAGGAGAGAGAGGACCCAUUGGUGUUCCAGGUGCCCAGGGUCUCACCGGAACCAAGGGUGACAAGGUCUGUGUUUUUGUGUGAGGAAAACAUGUAUGGUACAGUUCAAAACACGGGCACCAUCUACAAAGAUGAAACACACUUCACAGUGGAUUAGUUACACUGAAUAGCCCAUAGGGGGCAGUGUUCACCUAAGAAUCAAAGUCAUGUAAUGCAGUAAAUCACAGUAAUGUAAAUAAGCAGUAUAAAUGAUAAUCUAGAGCCCCCAAUCUCCAAUGUUUUAGAGAAGACACAACAUUUUUCUUACUUUGUAAAAUGUGAGGUCACUGAAAAAAUCAAUAUUUUGCUCUUUUAGGAUCUGAAUAUCUAAAUUUCAAGACAUUAACAUGCACUGAACACAUCUUUUUUUCAAGGGUUUCCAAGGAAAAGGUGGUUCAAAGGGAGACGUUGUGAGUAGAAGUUUUUGCCCUUUCAAAUUUGAUUUACAGAAGCACAUCCUUUUAUUGUUUUGUGUGGUUUUAAGCUCCAUGCCAACAGAUACUUCCCUAUGUCAUCCCUCUCUCUGCCCUGUCUGAUCUUCAUCCUCCCUGUCCCUUUUAGGGUGACCCUGGAGUUGAGGGAUUGGCUGGUGAGAAAGGUGAAAAGGUAAAAAUCAUUACCUUACCACCCAAAGCUGUUUCAAACUUUAAAGUUAAAAACAAUAAACCUUGGACUUUUGAUGAAAGCGUUUAAACAUUUGGCUCCUAAGGCGUCAGAGUGAAGUGAUAUACAGCAGAAAUAGUCAUAACUAUGCUGAAGUUGAAAAGUAGAGGAAGUCUGUUUUUGAAUUUGCAUGCAAAUCCCCAUAAUAAUCCAGAUGGCAAAUGAGCUAUUUACAUGACAGUGAAGCGAUGAUGCACAUUGGCUUUUCGAACCAUUUUUAGGCGUUCAUUUACAAAAUUCAUUCUUGAAUUAUUGCUCAAUGGGCGUCUGUGAGGCAGAAAUGACAAAUGAAAGCAAUAAGAGUGAAAAUAAUGAUCUCUGUGUGUCUGCUGUGACAGGGUUUGUCUGGUGAACCCGGGCCUAAAGGACAGGUGAGCUUCGGCUUUCCAGACAUCCAUCAAACUUUAUUUUUCAUUCUUUCUUUUGUUUGAUUGUUUUUACAUUUUUCUUUGACAUGACCAGUUUUCAUCUGCCUCUUUCCUGGCUGUCCUCUUAUUCUCUUUUUCUUUUUGCCUCAUUCUUUACAGCAAGGAAUAAGGGGUGACUCUGGACACAAUGGACCCACUGGGGACCCUGGCAAACCUGGAGACCUGGGACCACCAGGACUUCCUGGUCCUCGAGGACUCAAUGGAGAGCGAGGAGUACCAGGCAUGCCGGGCAUUCAGGGAGGAGCAGUGAGUCCAAAUUACUCUUGGCUGUUAUGUGUGAUGCAUGCAGAACAUACACAGACUGAGAUUGUUGCACUUUGUUGGUUUCUUUCUUGUCCUGAUGCUCAAUAUCCUUCUCCCUCUGCAGGGACGUGACGCAUCAGACCAGCAUAUUAUCGAAGUGGUGUUGAAGAUGUUGCAGGGUAAGUGUCUAGACCAGAGUAUUCACCUUUGAUGUCCAUGAGGGAGAUCAGAUUAACUUGCUACUUUCAUCCUCGGAGCAAUCAGUUUCCUGUCAUCAAAGCUAAUUCAAUCAACAUGACGCUCCUGGUUCUGUUACAGAGAGGCUAGCAGCUGUGGCAGUGAGCGCCAAGCGGGCUGUGCUUGGUGGAGCAGGUGUGAUGGGACCUCCCGGGCCUCCUGGACCACCAGGGGCACCUGGGCCUCAAGGGCCACAUGGUUUACCUGGUGCCCGAGGCAUUCCUGGCAUGAUUGGAGGACCAGGACAGAUUGGAAACACAGGAUUGAAAGGUGAAUCUAUAAACAGUAGGGCAUCGAUACAUUUUCAUGCAAGUUAGGUGGGGCAGCUGUGGCUCAGUGGUAGAGUGGAAGGGGUGGUUUGAUGAUGGUUUGAGUCAGUUAUGUCUUCAUUUAGAACUUUUUCUGCGGGACCAACUUUUGGAGGAAGAAAAUACUCACAGCCCCCCCUAAUCAUUACCAUAAACAGAAACAAAAAAAAAACAUGCUUUUAAAGACUAUCUACAUUAAAAUGCACCAUCACACAUGUCCACUUCUAACAAUGUACAUGCCUUGAGAUCCAUCAGGAAUAUUCUCUGCAAAAACUAAUAAAUAACCUAAGCAUGUGCAACUAAACUGAGGAGACAGAGCUUAAAGCAUCAGUUGAAGUGUGACUCUUGUUGACUUUAAAGUCUUUGAUUACACCUCCUUCUGUCAUCAUUGUAGGCCCUCCUAAGGGUCCUGCAAUCCAGUUUGGACACCAUCGUUUUAGUAUUGAGGUGGGAAGCAUUUACCGCCAGCUCCUGCAGUCCAUUUGCAGAAGUGUGCUCAGGCAAGAUGCUGAAAACCAGAAUUGCUCCAGCUGGGUUAGGGUUACCAGCCCUCUUUAUAAACACUCUUUAUUGGGUGUCUUUCUUUAGAAUGUUACUUUUGUCCUGUUUUUUUUCUUUCACUGCCUUUUUACUUUACUAUUUUUCUCUGUUUGGAGUUCUUUAUCUUUGGUCCUUUUGAUCUGAAGUCAAGUGAUUGGCUGUUGCUUGAGUGCUUGCACGUUGUUAUGGGGGCGCUCACACCAAGGGCAAGUAAAAUCAUCUACUCGCUUAAUUCGCGCAAAUCUAGAUGCGUCAAUGACAAGUAUUUAGUCGCUUCAUUUGUGCGUCAGCGAUAAUUUCAACAGUAAUCCCUGCUAAUUCAACCGGUGGGAUCAAGUGAUAGAAAGGAUUUUUUACAAUUUACCAGGUAAUCCGACCUCCUCACUCACUUGCCUCCAGGCAAAUCCUUUUUAUUCCAGUUUUGGUAAUUAAAAGAAAAGGUAUCCUAUAAUUUGGGGCACGAACACACCAAUCAGUUUAUCCUCCAUUUUGGAUACCACCACAACCGUCUGUUUUCAUACACCACCCAGCAGCCUUCGUGCUGAUUGGUUAUCGCUCAAGUUGAGACAUUUUCAUCUCCCGCCAGAGUAGUAGGAGCGUCUAAUCACGUCUUUGCAUCAAUUUAACAUGUAAUUCAUUUGCACAAAUGACUUUACUCGUGCUUGGUGUGUAGAGAAAGUUUGGGUUGUUUUGUGGUGGGUUGGAUUAGGAUGUUGUUGGGUUCCUCUGUAUUUGCCUGUUUGUCGAAGCUCUUUGUAAACCCUUGGUCUUAAUGGGGCUGACAUAAUGAAGUUAUUCUUAUCAAAUUACGACCUAAGCUCCUUCUUUUUGUCACCCAUAGGAAAAAGAGGGCCAAAGGGAGAUAGAGGAGAUCCUGGUAAGCCACAUCCUGGACCACCAGGGCCCCCAGGAAUACAAGGUAAGAGCUGAGCCUGUGUGGAUGGCCAUAACUUUAGAACCAUUAAAUUCUGUAAGCUUUAUGCACAUACCUACAGGGUGAAACAAGAUUAAAUACAGGCCAAAGGUUAAAAAGAAUAAGAGUUGAGUAAGAAACUCAGGCACUUGACAUUACAGCUCUUUCCACAGGAGAGGCUGCUCAAAGGCAUUUUAGAGCAUCAUUAACUCCAGUCAUUGAACAGAUGCUCUUGAAUGUAAUGGGAUUGCAAAGGGACACACUAAUUUAAACAGUGGAAACACACACUCCUCUUCGCACACAUGCAUUUGAAAUAUAUACAUGUGUACUGUUAAGGAGCUAUAGUCAGUAAAAGCCCCGACUUGAUAUCCACCACCAUAGGUCCACCUGGUGUUGAUGGUGUAGCCCGGGAUGGCCGUCAUGGUGAGAGAGGACCUCAGGGAGCAGCUGGAGAGGCCGGUCGCCCCGGUAAGGCGGGUUCGGCAGGUCUACCAGGCUACUGCGAGAUGGCAAUGUGUCUGGCUGCAUCAGCAUACACCUCUCCAAGACUACAGGAAGCGGGAACAAUCAAAGGACCCGGUGUUUAGGAGGCUGUUGCUCCAUCAACAGCUCACAAGUCCUGGGAGAGAGAGAAAGAGAGAAAAGUGAAGGAGAAAAAACCACGCUCAGUAGGACAACAUCAAGGAGGAGGGGCGGGGGACAGUAAUAAUGACCCUCUCCUGAAACCUCAAGUUUUGACUGGUGGGACAUACUCUGAUCUUUAUCCCCCACAUCACCAUGACAACAGCAGCUCAAAGCCACCCACAUCUUUCUGCAUUCUCUUGUGUUUUUGGCUGAUGUCAGUGUCAGUCCUGUCUAAAUAUCCCACCCUGUUCCAGCAGUGAAAGAGGAACGGAUUCAUUUUGCAUUUCAGUGUCUUCAACCAAGUCAGCAUGUAUGAGCUGAGAGGAGAACACAGUGUGGGGAAAGGUGCUUAUUUCUAUUUUUUUUUUUUUUUUACCAAGUGGUCACUUUAAAAGCUUUGACAUAUGCAAAAUUUUGUUUGAGAUGUGUUUUGAAAUUUAGAAGCCGUGCCUCUUUUGCAAACUCACACCUAAUGCCUUAACAGUGUACAAAAAAGACCAAUAAAUGAUUGAAAUUUACACUCAGUACUGUACUGUAUGUUAAAAUGAAGUAUUUUCACCUGUAAGCAAGAGUGAAAUCACUGACUUACCUCAUGUGUACAUUACUCCCCCCUCACCCCUCCCUGCUUUCUACCCAAGUCUCAUUUUAGAACUAACGACUAGCUUUAUCUCUUCCUCUUGUUGCCUGGCAACAGCAUAUUCCGAUGGGCACUCCCAUCUCCCACAAUGCAGUGCUGUAAAUCUUUGUAAAUGUGUGUUGAUUAUUAUGUAGAGAAAAAGGAAUGGGUUACGAUAUGCACCAACAAAAAUCCUGUGUUAAUGAAUUCAGUGAGUAAUAAAAAGUUCCUACAGAUAUCACAACUUUUUCCUCCAUACGAAUCAGUCCGAAUGUGCGUCCUAAGCCACUGUCAACUUUUCACAGGGUGUCAGCAAUUUCAUGACUGAUUGAUUCUCAUUAACAGAAGCUAUUUAUUGUUCUUUAUGUAAUCAUCUGUAAAGAGGGUUUUGUUUCUGGCUGUUCAGGUCAACCCAAACCAAUAAAGAGGAAUCUUUUAUAAAACCAAA